AUGUCAGUGCAGAUCUUUGGCGACCAGGCAAGCGAGGAACGUGCCGAAAACGCCAGAAUGGCGUCUUUUGUAGGUGCCAUUGCCGUGGGCGAUCUUGUGAAAACAACCUUGGGCCCAAAGGGUAUGGACAAGUUGUUGCAAAGUGCUUCUGAUCCCGACAAGGCGCUUAUUACCAACGACGGUGCCACCAUUUUAAAGCUGAUUCCUUUGGACAAUCCUGCUGCUAAGGUGUUGGUGAACAUUGCCAAGGUGCAAGACGACGAGGUUGGCGAUGGUACCACGUCGGUUACUGUGCUUGGAGCUGAGCUUUUGAGAGAGGCCGAGAAGCUUGUGGACCAGAGAAUCCACCCACAGACCAUCAUCGAGGGAUUCCGUAUUGCCAAAGACACCGCUGUGUCUGCUUUGGAUAAAGUGGCUAUCAACAACGGUGCCAACGCCGAGAAGUUCCGUAACGAUUUGGUGAAUAUCGCCAGAACCACGCUUUCGUCGAAAAUCUUGGCUCAGGAUAAGGAGCACUUCUCCCAGCUUGCUGUGGACGCUAUUUUGCGUUUGAAGGGCUCUACCAACUUGAGCAACAUCCAGAUCAUCAAGAAGGCCGGUGGAAAGUUGGCUGAUUCGUACUUGGACGAGGGUUUCAUCUUGGAGAAGCGUUUCGGUAUCAACCAGCCUAAGAAGGUCACCAACGCUAAGAUUCUCGUGGCCAACACGUCGUUGGACACGGAUAAGGUGAAGAUCUUUGGCGCCAAGUUUAAGGUCGACUCGACUUCCAAGUUGGCUGAGUUGGAGAAGGCUGAAAAACUGAAGAUGAAGGCCAAGAUCGAGAAGAUCAAGAAGUUCGGUAUCAAUGUCUUUAUCAACAGACAACUAAUCUACGACUACCCUGAGCAGUUGUUCACCGACUCCAAGAUCAACUCCAUUGAACACGCUGAUUUUGAUGGUGUUGAGAGAUUGGCUUUGGUCACCGGUGCCGAGGUUGUUUCUACCUUUGACGAACCAGAUAACGUUCGUUUGGGUCAUUGCGAGCUGAUUGAGGAAAUCUUGAUCGGUGAGGAUCCUUUCCUUAAAUUCUCUGGCUGUGACGCCGGUGAAGCUUGUACUAUAGUGUUGAGAGGUGCCACCGAGCAAGGCUUGGACGAGGCCGAGAGAUCGCUUCAUGACGCCUUGUCUGUCUUGUCGCAGACCACCAGAGAAACCAGAACCGUGUUGGGUGGUGGUUGUUCUGAAAUGAUCAUGUCUAAGGCUGUUGACCAGGCUGCUGCCAAUGAAACCGGUAAGAAGGCUCUUGCCAUUGAAGCCUUUGCUCGUGCUUUGAGAGCUUUGCCUACGAUUUUGGCUGACAAUGCUGGUUUCGACUCCAGCGAGUUGGUCACCAAAUUGAGAUCCGCUAUCUACAACGGCAUGCUGACUUCUGGCUUGGACUUGAAUAACGGUACCGUCGCCGACAUGAGAGAAAUGGGCGUGGUGGAGUCGUACAAGUUGAAGCGUGCCGUGGUGUGGUCAUCGUCUGAGGCAGCCGAGGUGUUGUUGAGAGUCGACAACAUCCUCCGUGCUAAGCCCAGAACGGCUGACAGAAACCACUAG